ACAUUUAAACUGAGCUGUAGGGUGGAGAAAGACGAGUUACACGAGAGGAGAAAGAGACACAUCACGCACAACAACACCCGACUUUUUUUUUCAUCAGGGAUCAAUUAGCUAAAUAAGGCAUCUUAUUCUGCAUUUUUCGUGUUUUCAUUGGAAAGAUUUUGGAGAUGUCCAACGUCCAGUUAUCGAGCAGCGCUCUGGAUAGGCUGGUGGCCAGGAGGACCUUUCCUCUCCACAGACGCACCAGCGUCUGCCGCAACCUCUUCGGACCGGUGGAUCACGACGAACUGAGCCGGGAGAUGAAAUCCAAGCUGCGGGAGAUUUCUGAACGAGACCAGCAGAGAUGGAACUUUAAUUUCGAGACAAACACCCCGCUGGAUGGGGAUUACAAGUGGGAAGAGGUGCCUGUGGAUAAGACCCCGGUGUUUUAUCAGGACUCUGUACAGAGUGGCAGGACCAGGGUGCCGGAGACACCCGUCAAGCACAUGCCAUCCAUGGACUCUGUUCUCCCGGAGAGCCCUGACAUGGAUGUACAGGAGCGCUUGGCCGUGCCCGAGAGCAGCAGCACUCCCUGCCCGGUGGAAGUUAACCAGGAGAACCGCACAGACAAGCUGAACUCAGGGAAGCCGGCUCAUAAACAGGUCCCGUGUGUCAGACGCAAGAGGACGGCCACUACUAACAACAACACACACAUUACAGACUUCUUCGUCAAACGAAAGAGGCCUGCUGAUAAAAAAUGUAAUGAUCUGAACGCUUGCCAACAAUCCAAGUCUCCAAUCCCGGUGGAACAGACUCCACGAAAGAGGAUCCGUUGAAGGUGUCUUUUGCACUAUUUGCCUGCGAAAUUUGAGGAUCGAGACGAGGAUGUUUCUCCCUGCGUUUUAAGCGCCGCAGAAGAGAAACAACGGUGUGUGUGGGGGAAAAAAGAGCCCGACCGGCCGGUGGCUUGGGCUCGGUGCGCCCCGGCGGAGCGCAGCCUGAACGCUGGACCAGACUCUCAGGACUGAACGGUUGAAGGGAGAAGAAGAAGAAGAAAGAGGACAUUACGCCGAAUGACUUCUAUCCAGUACAAAUGUAGCAUUCAUUGUUGCUUUUGCAUACAGCCACUCGACAGUGUUAAAUGUUUUAACAUCUGUGCAAUCCUAAAUUACUUUAAAAGAAUUGUCUACACUGGCCAAAAGUGUACAGCUUUAUAGAGACAAUAGCCUAUAAACGUUUAUUUCUGUUCUGUCUUUUCUCUGUUAAUGUAUAUUUUAAGACUAUUCUAACUUAUAAUUUAUUUAUGUUUCUUUAUAUUUGUUAAAUGCCUUGUUGAUUUAGCCAAAGGGCAUAUUUUUAUUUUAUUUUAUUAUUUCUUCGUGUUAUUUUUGUGAGGUUUUGCAAUCAUGUAGUUUUCCUAUAGUAGUCCACACUUGAAAAAAUAAGGUGUCAUUGUGUUUCUGAGCCGUUUUUUGUGGUUUCAUACAAGUGCCCUAAUUAUGUCUGGUAAAAGAGAAUAAAAAUAUUUUUCACUUCAUCUUUGAA